AUGUUUGGGUCGUCGCCUUGGAGAAAUGGGUUCUUAUUAGCCCUCAUUGUUGGGCAUCAUCAAGUCAUCGGCCAGGAGUGUGGUUCCGUGGUGAUCACGUCACAAGCGGAUGCAGAUGCACUGCGGAACUGUCCCGAGAUCUUUGGAAAUGUUACUGUCAUCGCUGGAGCAUCCGCCCAGGAGAUUGCCCUCGAGGGAGUCAAGGUUAUUCAUGGCGACCUUGUGAACGUUUCUCAAUGCCCACAAGUAUCAGCGCAGUGCAUUGGAUACAACCACAAUAUCACAAGCAUCUCUUCCAGUACCAUCACAAGAGUCAACGGCUCGAUGAUAUUAGCAUACGACGGAUGGAUCUCAGGCCUCAGCUUUCCAGAACUGCAAUCGGUCGGCGAAAAUUUCGUGCUUAACGGCCUGGAAAGCUUGAAGUAUCUCGACGUCGACCGAUUAGAGUCAGUGGGAUAUAUGCGACUCAUGUAUGCACCCAAAUUGACGAAUUUGAAAUUGAGCGCCUUUCGAAAUAUCACCGGUAUCACGAAUCGCGACGGUUCAAUUGAUGGUAGAUCCAUGGAGCUCGGGUUAGGCGGUCUCGAGUCUCUCGACGCAUUCUUCAAGGAACCUCAACUCGGAGUGGACGACGUUUCCAUCUACAACUCAGGCAAAGUCAAGCGCCUUCAGAUUGGCGCCGCGAAGAUUGGCAAGGUGAAAUUCGCCUAUAGCACAUCCGGAAUGCCAAACAAUCUCACGCUGGUGCUGGGCGGAUCUGGUAUCACUGAACAAACAAUUGGCAGUAUUCAAACAACGUACAGCCUUAACGGCAUUGAGCGGCUAGUAAACCUCAAGACAUUGAGUGUGGGUAGCUUUAGUAGCUUCGGCGGCAAUUUUUAUCAGCAUCUCGAUUUACCUUUCGACCAUCUGGGCAAUCUCACAAUCAGGAACGAACGGGACUUAGUGUGGCUUUCGGUUCCACCACAGGCAGAGCAGUGGGAAGACUUCAGCCUCGACAUCGGAUACAACCUCAACUUGAAUUUAUCAACAGAGUAUCGAGUGUCCGAAAAGGGUGAGAUGAUACGGUCGUGGUACUGGCCCCGGCCAAAUAUGGGAGAAAGUUACCUAAGGGGGAAUUUGUCUAAACAGUUUUUCGAUUCCUACUUUGAGUUUCGAAACAAACUCAGCAAAGAGGCGCUCGCCAACCGGACGGAAUACCUUCAAAUCUAUGCGGAAGGCUCUUUUUCAUGUGAGCCUUUCGAUAAGCUUGAGGAGAAGGCAAGCGGGCGAUACCAUGUAGUUUGCUCCGCACAAGAUCGCAUUGAUUUGCGUUCAGGAGGUUUGGUUCAGGCCGAAAUUCCUACGUUUGGAUGGAUCGUGGCUGGGGUGAUUGUGAUAACCGGAAUCAUAUCUGUCUGA